AUGGAUGCUUUCAUAUCCAGGAAACGUCCACGGCUAUCGGCUCUAAGCGAUGAGCCCAGGAACGAACCAUCAGAUCCCCACGAAGACACCACUGAUACCAAGCUAGCAAUACUACUAUCUCUCUACCCGGCUAUCAAACAGGAUGAGCUAUUGGAUAUACUUGUAUCCUGUGAAGGGUCUGUGGAGGCUGUUACUGAGCUCCUCUCUGCCAAAGGCUCCACAGGAGGCACACCUGUUGGCAAAAAGCGGGCUGCUGUUGCCUCAGCAUUUGGCAUGCAGACAUCUCUCUCAUCACAUAUUCUUACAACGACCGAAGAUGGGAGCAUGAAACCCAUACAUGAAAGCGCGAGGAAUAAGAAGCUUCCGCCCUUAAAAAAGGGCAAAACAUUACACCUUUAUUCGCCUGAGGAUAUUGCAGCCUACACACCUUGUACUAUCAUCCACAAUUUCCUGCCAGCUAAAGAAGCAGAUGCACUUCUACUUGAAUUACUUGAUGAAUCGAAGCACUUUUCUCGAUACGACUUUCAACUCUUCAACCGCACCGUCCAGAGUCCCCACACGAAUGCCGUGUAUGUCUCUACACCCGAAGAACACCGGCAACAGACUUCGGAAUACACUUAUGGUGGCAGAUAUCUGUCAAAUGUGCGCCAGGUAACACCACAGCUACGAUUAGUGUCACGCCAAGUACAGAAAAGUGUCAACAACGAGAUCAGCAAACGAAUUCGAGACGUCUAUCCUGACGGAAAGAAGUUAAAGUACAUGUCCCCAAAAGAGUGGCGACCCAACGCAGCAUUUGUCAACUGCUACGACGGGCCGAGUGAAAGCGUGGGAUAUCACUCCGACAAACUCACCUAUCUCGGUCCCCACCCGGUGAUAGGAAGCCUGAGCUUGGGCGUGACACGCGAAUUCCGAGUCCGUCGAAUAGUACCUCGGGAUGACGACGAGACUACGGAAGAAGAUCACAACGCCAAAAAGACCAGUCCAGUUUUAAAUUCCGCACGGAACCAGACUGCAUCGGCCGCACGCGCUGACGCCCAGGGCCAAAUCUCAAUCCAUCUCCCACACAAUUCUCUCCUUAUUAUGCAUGCAGAAAUGCAAGAGGAGUGGAAACACUCUAUCGCUCCAACUCAAACCAUUUCCCCACAUCCGAUCUCCGGGAACAAACGUAUCAAUAUCACAUAUCGUUGGUACCGUGAUACUCUGCACCCACGCUACACGCCACGUUGCAUGUGUGACGAACCCACGAUCCUCCGGUGUGUCCAACGCAAACAUGAGACGCGAGGGAGGUACAUGUGGAUGUGCUAUGCUGGAUAUGCACCAGGAAAGGAAGGAUGUUCUUUCUUCCAGUGGGCUGAGUUCGAUGAUGACGGGGAUCCGGUGUGGGGAAAGGAAGUCAUUCAGGAAAAGGCUCCUCCUUUGGCAAACUUUUCGGCAUCUCAAUAG